AUGGCCAAUGCUGUGACAGUAAAUGUGUCUCUGAAAGGAGUGGCCAGCCAGUCAUUAAUGGAUUGGUAUGCUAAGGCUGACAAUGCCAUUGAUGGGAACAGAGAAUCAGACGGUCAAAAAGGAUCCUGCACCCACACAGCACUGGAGACCAACCCCUGGUGGAGAGUGGACCUGCUGGAUGUGUACAGAGUGACAGCUGUCACCAUCACCAACAGAGGAGACUGCUGCUCUGAAAGGCUUGAUGGUGCUGAGAUCCAUAUCGGUAACUCACUGGAGAACAACGGCAUCAACAACCCCAGAUGUGUUGUCAUCACCACCAUCCCAGCAGGAGAGACCAAUAUCUUCCAGUGUAAUAAGAUGGAGGGUCGUUAUGUUGUUGUGGUCAUCCCAGGCAGGUCGGAAUAUCUCACUCUGUGUGAAUUGGAAGUAAAUGGCAUUCCUGCAGGUAAUCACCUACUCAACCACCACAACAACUUCUACCACUACUCCAACACCCACUAA